CACCGGUGCUGCCCUCUCCUUCACCAAAUCCACCUGGGUCAUCGGCACCCGUGACUGUCUGACAAAGACACCAAGGUAACAGCUUCGUGGGAUUAGUAAUCGAGAUCACAGGUGAUUAGUGGAGCUGCAAUGUCUGAGAUAAACAAUCAGGACCCAGGACAGGGCAGUAACGGUGGAGGAAAAAGUUCAAGAACUGCAGAGAAAAAAUCAUGGGCUUCAUACAUGACAAACUCUCCGACCCUGAUUGUAAUGAUUGGGCUGCCUGCCAGAGGCAAGACCUACAUGUCUAAGAAGUUAACUCGCUACCUCAACUGGAUUGGCGUUCCUACAAAAGUGUUUAACCUUGGAGUUUAUCGGCGAGAAGCAGUCCAGUCAUACAAGUCCUAUGAGUUUUUUCGGCAUGACAAUGCAGAGGCCAUGAGAAUUCGCAAGCAAUGUGCCCUUAUCGCCCUUGAAGAUGUGAAAUUCUACUUUACUGAAGAGGGCGGCCAGAUAGCGGUGUUUGAUGCCACAAAUACCACCAGGGAGAGGAGGGAUCUGAUCCUGGACUUUGCUAAAGAGUAUUCUUUUAAGGUGUUUUUUGUGGAAUCUGAGUGUGAUGAUCCGGAAGUCAUUGCUGCUAAUAUCAUGGAAGUGAAAGUAUCCAGUCCAGAUUAUCCAGAAAUUGACAGGGAGAAUGUCAUGGAUGAUUUCUUGAAGAGAAUUGAGUGUUAUAAAGUUACCUAUGAACCAUUGGACCCUGAUUGUUAUGACAAAGAUCACUCACUUAUCCAGGUCAUCAAUGUGGGUCAGAGGUUUCUGGUAAAUCGGAUUCAGGAUUAUAUUCAAAGUAAGAUUGUCUACUACCUUAUGAACAUUCACGUGCAGCCGCGGACCAUUUUUUUUUGCCGACAUGGAGAAAGUGAGUGUAAUGUUGCUGGAAGGAUUGGAGGUGAUUCAGGUCUGUCUCCACGAGGAAAGCAGUUUUCCCAGGCGCUCAGAAAAUUUAUUCAGGAGCAGGAAAUUGUUGACCUAAAAGUUUGGACGAGCCAGUUGAAGAGGACAAUUCAAACCGCAGAAGCUCUGGGAGUGGCGUAUGAACAGUGGAAAAUACUUAACGAGAUUGAUGCUGGUGUAUGCGAAGAGAUGACCUACAAAGAGAUAGAAGAGAAAUACCCAGAAGAAUUUGCUCAGAGAGAUCAAGAUAAAUAUCUGUAUCGUUAUCCUGGUGGAGAGUCUUAUCAAGAUCUGGUGCAGCGUCUGGAGCCUGUGAUUAUGGAGUUGGAACGUCAAGGAAAUAUUCUAGUUAUCUGUCACCAGGCUGUCUUGAGAUGUCUGUUAGCUUAUUUCCUGGACAAAAGUGCAGAUGACCUGCCUUACCUCCGAUGCCCAUUACAUACUGUACUUAAGCUAACACCUGUGGCUUACGGUUGCAAAGUGGAAAUGAUCAAACUGCACGUGGAUGCUGUAGACACUCACCGUGCGAAGCCAGAGGGUAUCUUUGAUAAGGAUCCAACCCCCAUGCGGAUGAGAAGAAACAGCUUCACACCUCUAUCAAGCUCUGACACAGUCAGACGACCACGGAAUUACAGUGUUGGUAGUCGUCCCCUUGACUCGGUGGGGUAUGAUCGGUUCAGGAUGGGCCCAGAUGGGCCUGUCCACCCAUUGAAACAACCUUCGGUGGAAAAUUCUUGCAUGGAGUCAGCCAACACCAAUGGUUGUGAUACCUUCAUCUCUCUCCCUGCUGUUGUGUAAUUACCAUCUGGAUGAUGCAGCUAUGGAUUUCAACCUUUCCGCAUAUCAAAGAUCUCUGUAUGUGAUCAACAUCUGCAAUAAACUUAAUUUACAGGUAGAGAGGCAUUUGGCUUCUGUCACCUGGCUUUGAAGCUAAGAAGGGAUUCAUAUGAAACUUGCUAGACUCCAACUUAGUCCCAUAGCAGCGUCAUAGAAACCGUCCAUGUUUCUUAUUUACUAGAAGAAUCCUACAUUAAAUAUCAGUGACAUAUGAAUGCAUUUGUGUAAAUAAACAUUAACCAUCAUGCAUUGAUUACCCUUAAAGGGACACCAUGCUCAAAACAUUCACUGAUAUGAAGAAAGCAGCAUUAAAUUUGAACGUUAGCAGGAAGUUCAUAUAAGCCAGUCAGUUCCAGUGGGAAGUACCCAUCACCCAAUGAGCAUUGGCAGGCAUUUCAAAUGUAAGCACCUUUUACUUGGCAUUGUUACAGGCAAAAAAAAUGCAUGUUUAAAUUAUGCUCUUUCAUAUAACUAAUAGAAAAUGAUUGUAUACAAUGUCCCUAUAAUACACAAGGCAUUUAUUUUGUGUUGCAUUGCUGGUCACAGGCAGUGAAAAGAUUAAGUUGCUGGUAGUUGCCCUCAUUUUACAAGAAUAUUUUAUGGCCAUAGCCCUUUAGGUUUGUUAAUCUUUAUUUAAAUAAAGUGUACUACAGAAGAUGCUGAUUGGUGAACUGCCACUCAGCCAGUAUGGAGUCAUGAUGAGAAGUGCUGGUGUUGUCUUGCUGCUUACUGGCAUUUCUCAGCCUGAUGAGACGAGCAGGGACGUUUAGGAACAUUUGUCUCAUAUGUUUAUAUAUUGUCUAUAACACACACAUUAUACUGUAUAGGUGAUGACUCUGUGUAAAGUCUUUCCACACUAUUUAUUUGUAAUAUUUUUUUACAGCCUAUUAAUUUCCUCAUUUGAAUUUUUAAUCUGUUUUUUUAUGUUGCAAAAACGUUAAACCUGCAUAACAUGAAUACCCAUCCCUUUCAUAUUGCAGACAAACAUUUCCUUCAUGCAAAUUUUAUUGGGCAAUGUAACUGCAGAUUUUACAGCAAUGUAUAGUUUGGGCUUGCAAGCUAAAAAAGACAGCCUAUUAAUUUCCUUAUUUGUAUUUUUUACCUGUUUUUGUAUGUUGUAAAAUUUAACACAUGCAUAACAUGAAUACCCAUACACUUUCAUGUUGCUGAGAAAAAAAUUCUUUACUUGAUCCAGUAUAUGUAAAUUUUAUUGUGUGAAGUCGUUGCAGAUUCUAAAGAGAUUUAUUAUUUGGUCUUAUGGGCUAUAAAAUGACAGCGUUAUACAUCUUCUAGCCUUUGUAAAACACAGGGCAGAAGACUUCUAUAAUGUGUUGUGUUUUUUUUUUAUAUAUAUAAAUUAUGAUUUUUAAAGGGAAAAAAAAGUCUAAAAGAUAAAAAAGGCAGAUUUUUUUUUUAAAUUGUAUCUAAUUUUGUUGAAACUUUUGUAUAAAUGGCUUUCUUUUGUGAUUCAUAAGUUCUACAUCAGCCUUUUUGUUAUAAAGUGAUUGCUCAAUCA